AAUUUGACAUUUGUUGGUUAUAAAGACCAUAAAUUUUGUUUAUUGUAUUCUAUAAACAACUUAUAGAACUGAAAGAAUAAAGUAAAUAGUAUAUACAAUAGAAUAGUGUUUAAAACAAUAAUGGAUGCAACAGCGAAUCUCACGAAUGGAGCAAAAGUGAAUUCUACACGUUUGUAUGUUCGAAUUACAAACAUCAUUUUGAAAGCAAAGGACCCUGAAGACUGGAAAGACCUUAGUAGACUCCUACCAAAUUUAAGAAAUUCUCUUUCAUGUGCUGUUUGCACAAAUUUAUUACAGCUACCUUAUAGUCCAAGAAUGGUCCAGUGUCAGCAUAAUGUAUGCAAAAAGUGUAGUGGAGGUAUAAAGAAAAUUAAACCUGCAUGUGAUAAUUGUAAAGACUGUAAUGAUUAUGUGGAAAAUCCAAGGCUACAUGCUUUGUUGCAGUGCUACAAUGCAAUGUGUAUGUAUAUCAAAAAUAAACCUAUAUUUAAAAUGCUUUCGAGAUAUGGAGUAGGAGAGAAUAAUAUGUUCAACUUAAUUAAUGAAGGUGCUACACUUGUAGAUACAUUUGAUGAUAGCAAUGGAAUAUUAGAACCUGUUUGCUUUAAUCUUCCACAGUAUAGUAGUACUCAAAUGUUUAAUUCAGCUUCGGCUAAUCCACCUUCAUUCUAUUCUAUUUUGUCUCCAGAAAAUGGUAGCAAAAUUACACUGAAAAGGAAAUACAAAGAAGACAAGAAAAAAACUGUAGUAUCUCAACAUGUCAAGGAUCUAGAAAAGCCACUAUUUAAAAGACCAACAACCAAUGUUAAGAAAAAAGGCUGUAGAUGUGGUAAUGCAACACGAUUUCCAGGGAAGUUAACUUGCUGUGGACAAAGGUGUCCUUGUUAUGUAGCCCAAAAACCCUGUGUUGGUUGUAGAUGCCGUGGUUGUAGGAAUCCGCACAUUAAAGAAGGCCAGAAAGUAAUACCAAAUUUAUCACAGGGACCAAAGAUCUUGUAUAACAUUACUGGUAUACAAAAUAGAGGAAUUAAAGAAAUAGAAGUGCCACAACAAAACUUUAAUAAUAAAGACCUACAAAAGCUUAAAAUGCAGAAGCAAAUACUCCAGAUUCCACAAGAUGUUCUUAUUACAGACCACAUGAAAGUGUCUGAUAUACAAAAAGUUGUGCCACAACACAGCUUUAACAUUAAAGGUCUACAAAAUAUGCAGAUGCAACAGCAAAUAAUACAGAUUUCAUCACAAGAUGCUCUCUCUACAGACCAUGUGAAAGUACAAGAUGCAAAAAAAAUUAAUGUACCUCAAUUACAAACACUUAGGACUUCUACUAUAACAAAACCACAAGUGAUCCCUUGUAAUUUAGAUGCUCUGGUAGCUGAAGAUGACUUGGAAACUGUGAGCUUGGCCGAACUGAAUCUAGAUUCACAGUUUGUAAGUUUUAGUCCUUUGGGAAAUGUGAAAACAAAUCUCCCGCAUGAGUUUGUGGACAGUUAUAGUACAUUACCGGAAUUAAUACCUAUAUCAUACAGUGAUGAUAAUCCUGAACUGGGUGUUAUGUGACAGUUGGAUGAUGAUUCUGAAUAUUAUGCUUAGCAAUUUGUGAAAAGAAGUGCAAAAUAUGAACAGUAAUUGAGAAUUUUUAUAUUUUAUUAAUAUAAGUGUGUGCUGGACAAUUUUUUCACACAACUAUAGUACUUAUUUUAUAAAACUGAUUCAUAAAUUUUCAAAUAUCUUCAAUUUUUUACUUCCAAUGUCAGGAAGUUGAAACAAUAAUAAUAAGUCAUUUUACAAUUUAUUAAUAUUCAGAAAGGUACUUGAAAAAAGUGUAGUAUUUGAAAAGAUGGUAGUGCAAAGACUCCUGUGGUUUAAAAGGUAAGGCGGAAAUACACCAUUCAAUUCGGUUGAACAAUGUUGAUGAUUUGAAACGUGCGUACAGAACUUAUUAUAUCACAAGUCAGAAUGAAAAGAUUCUAACUCAAUGAAAUAAAUGGUUGAAUCAAACACAAUUGAGAAAACUUGUAUAGACGAGUCAAUGUGGAUGAAUCAUCCCAGUUGUACAACAAAGUUGCACUAAAGUAGAAAUUAUCUCAACUCAUUUCAACAAUCAAUUUUAUUGAACGCUUUUUUUAAAUUGCAAAAUACAUGGUUCAUUUUGGUUGAAUCAUCCACAUUGUUCAACCGAAUUGACUGAUCUAUUUCCACCUUUACAUAAAUUAUUUUUUUGUUUGUGUGCAAAACUCCCAAGGCUUAAGAUUUUUGUUUCAAAUAAAAUUGUCAUACCUCCCUUAAAUUCUCUUAUAGUAAAAGCAGUUAGUCCUACUUGAAAAUUUGUGUCUUCUACAGUGAUGUUAAAAAGUCCUGAUCACCUUACUAAAUACAUGAAAAUAGAAGUUUAAUUAUUAAUAUUUUUUAACCAUUUACUAUCUACAUCAAACAAGCACUUAAACACAAUAUUAUAAAAUAGAAACAGAAAUAAAAUUGAUAAAUAAAAAAAUGUAGUUUUGAAAAUUUUUAUUCAAUAUUACAGAAAUUAGGCUAUGUACAUCAAGAUGAUAUAGUACAUCACAUUGAAAUAAUUUAAACUAAUUUUAAUAUUUAAUUGGUCAGCCCUUGUUUUUAAUAACUAGUCACAUCUUUUGAGCAUGGAAUUUAUUCAUUUUUGCAGUUCCUCCAUGGAAAUACAGUGAUGCCAAGAGUGGAUUAGAGAUUCAAUUAAUUUUAUUCUAUUUGUGGGUUUGCUUUUGGAAAUGAUGUUUGAUUUUUGAUUCCGCUGGCCAGUCCAUCCUAUCAAUUUCAUUACUCUCCAUCCACGCUUUAACCAAUUUUGCUCUAUGGCAAGGAGCAUUAUCAUUCUGAAAAAUAAAUUUUUCUUUGCCAAACAGGUCUUUUCGAUAUGCCCAUAUCAUAAUGGAGGUUGGAUGUUUAAUUGUGGGAAGAACACAUUUUGGAGAAAAUUCUUCACCAGGAAAUCUUCUGACGUAGGCAUUUCCAGCAUGAUUAUUAAUAUUGAAAGUGGAUUCAUCACUAAACAGCACACUCUGCCACUGCUCUGCUGUCCAGAUUCAAUGUUCCUUGACCCAUUUCAAACUGUGCAAUCUUUGCUUUUCUGAAAGCAGUGGUUUCUUCUGCGCCUUACAUCCUCUAAGUCCAAAACUAAGCAGUCUUUUUCUCACAGUGGAAGUGCACAUGCUUACACCUGUAGAUUCAGACCACAGCUUUGUUAAUUGGGUGGAAUUAAGGCUUCUGUCUGCCAGACUUGUUCUUCUUAACGCAGCAUCAUCCUGAACAGAAGUUUUUUUUGGUCAGCCACUACACUGUCUGUCAUUGAUUUUUCCUUGUCCAGCAUACUUCUUAAUGACUCUUAAUUACUGUAGAUUGAUUACAGUUUAUUGCGGAUGCUAUUUCACGACUAGAUUUGUCAUUUUUAUGAUGAAAAAUAAUUUCAAAACGCUUUUCGUCUGAUAAUUUAGUCUGUUCAAAAUCAAAGAGCAAAUAAAUGUAGUAGGGUAACUACGGUGUUUAUAUAGUCAAAUUAUGUGGCAAAUUUGUCAUUAAGAUUCAAUUUAAUAGUACUUUAACAACUUAAUAAUCACCUCAUAAUUAUCUUGGAUUAUGGGAAAUACCUUCAAUCAGAUUAUUUUAAUCUUUUCUGUAGAAUUUUGAGCUGGUAAUUAAAAAAACAUUGGUAAGUAUACUGAUAAUGCUAAUUACAAGCACAAACUUAAAAUUAAUUAGCGAAAAUAUACAAAAAACUUGUGUUAAACCACAAAAACUAUAAGACGCUUAGGUGAUGCAGGACUUUUUAACAACACUGUAUCUAGAUCUCAGAUUUGAAUAUUGUAAGAUGACUGAAGUCAGUACCUACAAAGUCAACCACAUUUGGUCAAAAUAUUGUUUUUUUUUUCCUAUGAUACAACUUAUCAGUUAAACUGUUUUAGUAAAUAAGCGAAUCUAUUGGUUUAGGAGUACAGAAAAUUCACAUUAGAUGUUAGAAAUCCAGUAUUCCAAGAAAUGUGAUGCUGCAUCUGGUUUUGUUGACAACUUAAACCAAAUAGGGAGACAUAUUUGGUAUCAGUGUUAUGGUACUAUGAGUUAUGCAUUGUGAACAUAUAAAUGACUUUUUCAAAUAGUUUGACUGCUAAUGUGCAGUAGAAGUGAACCACUGUUUCUUCUAACAUUGCUUUUUAUAGCUACGAAAAAUCAGGAAUAUUAUAAAUAAUUAUAUACACAUAUUAUGACAAAUUUAAUUAUGAUCAACUUUAUUAAUGACAAAUAUAAACAUGUGGGAUAUUUUUGCACUACCACUACCAUUAUUUUCAAAGCAUUAAGAACUAUUGAUAAUUUUUAAUGUACUAAAUGUCUUACAAGUAGGGUUUGAACCUCCUUAAAGUAAUCAUUUAUUUUUGCCAAAUUCAAUUAGAUACAAGAACUGAUUUAAAAUAGGUUCAAAAAAUACUGAAUAAGACAAUUUAUUAGCAAUUUUUUGUGAUAAGAUACAUCAUAUAUUCUUUAAACCAGGAAAAAUAAAUCCCCUGAGGAGUUUAUCAAGCC